AUGUCGUAUGUCUCGUCGAGCGCGUUGCCUCAGGCGCUCCAAACAGGGUUUGCAUCGCGGUUGCGGCUAGGACAGACUUCGUUGUUUAUUCACACACAACCUACUAUUCGGGCGCACAAACGUGCAGCGGCGGCAGUGUUCAACUACGCAGAGAUCGAGGAGGAUUUUGACGACGACGAUGACGAAGACCCUACGUUUGGAUCCGGUCCCCGAAUGGAACGCAAGCAGGAGCCGCGCAGAACGGAGUCCAAGAAGCUUGCGAUGAAAACAAAACACCCUAAUUAUAGCGAGCAACAGCUGGCUAACCUGGCAUCAACUGAGGAGGUGCUCGUGCCUCUGCGGCUGUCUUUAGAGUACGAGGAUUACCGGAUUACCGAUUUUUUGAUGUGGAAUAUCAACGAACCUUCACUGACGCCUGAACUAUUUGCUACAAUUACCUGCAAUGACCUGGAACUGCCGGUAGGCUACACUGCGAACAUUGCGAACUCUAUGAAGUCACAGAUCGCCGAAUACACAGAGUUGGCACAGAUAAGAUUGCCAAGCGAUGCAGGCAUUCGUGUGGUGAUUCAUUUGAGCGUUAAUCUCGACAAGCAGCUUUAUGAAGAUAAGUUUGAGUGGGAUCUGGACUCGGCAGUGACUCCCGAGGAGUUUGCGCGUACAGUUGUUGCUGAUUUGGCAAUAAGCGGCGAGUUUUACCCGGCAAUUGCUCAUGCCUUACACGAAGCUAUUCUACGAAUGAAGCGGGAGUUCAUCGAAGGUCAUGCCCCCGUUGACUCAGAUAACCAGGCAGCCUUCAACCAAAGUGCCGGCUGGCGUAUGGACCAAGAAGGUCUUGGAGAAGACUGGGUGCCCACAAUUGAAGUGCUGACCCAGGAGGAAAUUGAACGCAGAGAAGUUGAGCGCGAACGCAUGAUUCGCCGUAUGAAGCGGGAGUCUGCCCGCAUUGGCACUUCCGAAUUCGAGCUCGGCGGCCUCUUCGGACGGAAACGCCGGCGCAGAGAAUCUCCCGCCGUUGGUUCGCCGUGGUGA